CGGGGAGGUAUGGCGAGAGGAACGCUUCCGGAGCAGGCUCGCGCCGUCGGAGGUUAGCUCCGGUCGUGCGUUGUGACCGUUACCGGAUAGAAUGUUUAGGAGGCCGCCGCGGAACUUCCGGGGCCGCCAGAGAGCCGCCUCCAGCUGUAGCAGCAGCAGCAGCAGCGGCGGCGAAGGGGAGCCGGAGUAUGAAGGGGCGCAGGGCGAAGAGGAGCAGGCGCAGGGCCCUGCCAGGCCCGCCGCCGAGAGGCAGCCGCCCGCAGAGGGGCCAGCAGGGGACAUUAGAGGUCAGGAGGAAGAGGAGGAUGGCGGCGGCGUGCCCCGAGGGGCGAACCCCCCCAGAGCGGGGCAGGCGCGGGGAGCGACCGCCCUGCUGAGCUUCGGUGCCGACGAGGAGCGAGAUGAGGGUGAGGAACUCUUUAAAAUAAAGAAGCCAUCUCUUAACACAAUAACAUUUAGAAUGCAAAGGAAAGAAAACUCUCACUCUGCAGUUAGAGAAGCUGAAAGAAGCAAAGAAAUCUUCCAAUCGGAGUCUAGAAUAAUUAACAGUACUGAUACAUGUGAGACAGAAGAGGAGGAUGAGCACUACUCAUCAGCCAGUGAAGAUUACACUAGUUCAGCCUCUGAAACUCAAUCCAGCCCUCCACAGAAAAGAGAGGAUUUAUCAGCAGGUAAUAUACCUGAUGCAGCUUAUAUCCGGGUUGCUUGUGGGAAACGUCAUUUGGCCAGGACUCAGGGUGACUAUAUUCCACUGGACCCAUCACAUCGUGCUCCAGUCUCUCAGAAAACAGCAUGCAGUGAUACAGAGAGUGAGGAUGACUCUGAUCGUGACACGAUUCUCCACUUUGCUCCCAAAACAAAAACUCUUAGGCAGAGGAUGGCUGAAUAUGCAGUACCCAAGAGUGAUGGAACAAGUGAAGAUGAUGAAAUACAAAACAUGUGGGAAGAACAGCAACUAAACAAAGGAGUCAGACUCCCACAGGGAAUUAAUGUAGACACUUCUCUACAUAAAUCUCGACCCAUGAAAAUAAGGUUUGAUCCCUCUGUUUCACUGCCACCUGUGAACCUGGAAAUUGUAAAGAAGCGACUGACUACAAGAAUGACAUCAUUACAGGACCUUCAUCGUGCUCACCAGAGGGAGCAUGAAAAAUAUACACAAGACAUUGAAAGCUCGAAGAGUACCAUCCAGGAGUUAGAGAGGUCUUCAAAUGCAGCUCUGAAUUACAAAUUCUACAGGUCUAUGAAAACUUACAUGGAAAGCCUUAUAGACUGUUUGAAUGAAAAGCUACUUCAUAUUAAUGAACUGGAGUCAGCUAUGGAGAUGCUACUUCAACAACAAGCCAUAACUCUCUUGAAACGUAGGCAAGAGGAUCUGAAAAAUGAAUCUGCUUAUGUUCAGCUGCUAUCAAGAAAGAAUGUCCAGUCAACUGACGACAGCUUGGAAGAUGAUGAAAAAAGAAAGCAGCUCCUGGAAGAGUGUGAGGCUCGAAGGACAUGCAGAAGGCAAACAAGAGAGAGUUUUGGGAAAUCUGAUCACCAUGAGGGCAUGUCCAGUGAUGAUGAGCUAUCUGCAGCAGAGAUGACUGACUUCCAGAAAAACAAAGAUAAUAUCUUACGGGAGAGUAAGAAAAUAUGUGAAGAUGUGCAUGCAGAUUUUUGCAACAUCAGGAAUAUUCUGUUGAAAUUUCAGCAAUGGAGACAGAAGUUUCCUGACUCUUAUUAUGAUGCUUACAUUAGUUUAUGCCUGCCUAAACUCUUAAGCCCAUUAAUCAGAAUUCAGUUAAUAGGCUGGAAUCCUCUUGAGAAUUUCAUAGAUCUGAAUGAGAUGCCGUGGUUCAGAGCUAUAGAAGAAUUUAGCGAUGCCAAAAAUAUGCCACAAUCCAAGAGAAAUGAUGACCCUGAUCAAACAAUUUUGCCUACAGUCACUGAGAAAACUAUUCUUCCUAAAAUUACAGGCUUUGUAGAACACGUGUGGGAUCCUUUGUCAACUUCACAAACAGUCAGUCUAGUUCAGCUCAGCAAAAAUAUCUUUGAAGAACAUUCCCUUUCCAAAAAUGAAUCUAGUAAAGCAAAACAGGAUCUGGUAAACUCAAUUGUUUCAAGAAUGAAGAAGUCGAUAGAGGAAGAUGUCUUUAUUCCUCUGUAUCCUAAAAGCACUGUGGAAGACAGAAUAUUGCCACAAUCAAAGUUUCAAGAAAGACAGUUUUGGUCAGCUGUAAAGCUGCUGUCUAAUAUUCUUCUUUGGGAUGGGAUCAUAGUAGAAGAUACACUACAUGAGUUAGGACUAGGCAAGCUGCUGAAUCGAUAUCUCCUUCUGAUACUUCUUAAUGCACCACCUGGACCAGAUAAUGUGGAAAAGUGCAACAAGGUAGUUGCAUGUCUCCCAGAACGAUGGUUCAAAGAGCUUAAAAAUGGAUCAACUCUCCCUCAGUUGGCAAACUUUAGCCAACAUUUGUUGCAAAGUGCACAUAUGCUGUACAAGAAUAACUGCAGUGAUGAAACGAGAGACCUGAUCCUUUUGUUGGUGAAAGUCAACGCCUUGCAUAUUGCAGAGGACUUCAUUGAGGAAUAUAAACUGGAACACCUGAAAUCUAUGGUCAGAAAGUAGAAUUCCAGCGAAAGGACUAAAAUAUAAAAUUUAAAAUGCUGUUGCCAUUUUAGGUUUGAUUUAAAGCAAGAUAAAGGUCAAGCUAAAAUAGUGUUAAAGGUUUUGCUUGAACAAUGCAACUGACGAGUUAGGGCUGCCCUUUCUUUAGUCUGCCUUGUUGAGCCUAGAUAUUUCAUGGGACUUAAAGGCCCUGCAAGUAUUAGGCUUGAAUUUUUGCAUUUCUUGUGCAUCCAAAAUUCCCAUGGUGGGUAGUGAGUGUUCUUGGUGCACCAGGAAUGCAAAAUCUGGUCCAAUGCAUGUUGCACUGGUUGGCAUCAAGUUAGUUGAAGAUGAAAUGGCAAUCUUAAGUACCACGGGAGUGAUAAUGCUUUAUUCCUCUUAUAGGUGUCCCUUAAAGGAUAGUGAAAGGAUCUGAAAAAUGUGUGUCAGAAUCAGUAUACUGUAAGUAAACAGCCUUGUGUAGAAUUUCCAGUCUUGAACUGUGAGCCUAGUAUUGUGUAAUAUCUCUCUAUCUCAGGGAGAAUACCAGGUCCCUUCUCUGGUCAGAUUCCAGUGACCAUCUUUAUGGAGAUCCGUGGGAGAGUUAGUCCGUAUAAGUCCUGCAGGGUUUCAACUGAAUAAUAGGAAUAGAAUAAUGGGGACAGCUGAAAUAGAAAGCUAGGGAUAGCAGGCACCUAUCUAUAUUAUACCUAGUGUGCAAAUGUAACACUUGUAACAUCACAAUGUAAGGAUGGCAUCCGCUGUACGUUGUCUUUUAUAAUUCAGAUGCUAAUGUGGAUUGUGCUCAAGUGUUUGUGGGCCUGGACUCACCUCUGGACCUAUUUUCCAUCAGUUUCUUUUUAAUGAUCAUACACACUUCAGUGGUUGGCAGUGAGAUGCAGGAGUCCUUUAUUGUAGCAACUUCAGAACAUUUUUUUAAUGUGAACUUUUCACAUCGUUUUCAGAAAUCUGACUGGUGUUUGAGAGUCUUGCUGAUCGCUAUUUUUGCUUCCCCCUGAUGUGUACACAGUCUCGUCUAUCAUACACAGAAUAUUUUAUUUUAAAAUAGAUUCUAUGUUUUAAAGAGAGAAUUUUAAAUGUAUAUAACAAAAGUCAUUCUGCCAUGGAAUUGAAAGAGAAUUGGUCAUAGAAAUCCAGAGAGUGGCACAAGUUCUGAUGCAGAGUCAUUUGUAUUUGUAUUUCCCCAAAUGGUAUUUAACAUGUAAUAUUUGUAUUUUUCUUAUAGUAGAUUUGUUUUCCCUGUGGACAUGCUUUUACAUUUUUUUAAAACUGGGUAUUUUUUAUUUUUGUAAAAUAAAUGAAUAUCAAUUGUAAAUGACUAGGUACUAUUUUUUAUCUUGAUUGUUUAACUCUUGUACAAAUGGACUUCAUAAAAUAAAAUUAUUAGUCUUGCA